CGAAACAAGCGAAACACUAUCCAGUACGAAGAAUACCUAACACUAAGCACCAGAGGCGGUCGCAGUGGUCGUGGAGGCGGUCGUGGAGGCCGCGGCACACGUGGAGGUCGUGGUUGCGGUAGAGGUCGCGGUCAGGAUAGCCCAAUGAGAGUUAAAAACGGAAGAUCCAAGACGCUAUAA